AUCAUGGUUUCCAGGCAGUGCAUGGCUUUGUUUCUCUGCUCUCUACUACUGGUUCCUCUUUCUCUGGAUGCAGUCUUUCUAAAGCAGGAAGAGGCAAGCGGCUUUUUGGAAAGGCAAAGGCGAGCCAACAGCUUCUUCGAAGAGAUAAAACUGGGGUCACUAGAGCGAGAAUGCAUGGAAGAAAAGUGUUCCUUUGAGGAAGCGAGAGAGAUUUACCAUGAUGAUGAAAGGACAAAAGAGUUCUGGCACAUCUAUUCUGACCCUAACCAGUGUGACUCCAACCCCUGUCAGAAUGGCGGGAGUUGUGACGACCAGUUUCAGGAUUACGUUUGCCGCUGUCCCAUCGAAUAUGAGGGCAAAAGCUGUGAAAAAGCCAUGGCUGACAAACUGAAGUGCAUUUACGACAACGGUGGCUGUGAGCAGUACUGUACUGACAAGCAGUCUGAAAAACGAGUGUGCUUCUGUGCGGACGAUUACGCUUUAGCGAGUGAUGGCAUGUCCUGCAUUCCCCAAGUGAAAUACCCAUGUGGAAAAAUACCAGUACUGGCAAAAAAAAAUGCAACUACACGAGGGAGAAUAGUAGGUGGUUCAAUCUGUCCUCCAGGUGAAUGUCCAUGGCAAGCCCUUAUAAUACAGAAUCAGAAAGAAAAGUGUGGCGGUACCCUGCUUUCCCCAGAGUGGGUGGUCACUGCAGCUCACUGUUUGGAGUAUACUCAUCCUAAACAGCUUCGGGUGAGACUGGGUGAACAUGCAACAAAUUCUGAUGAUAAAACUGAGCAAGAAAGUGGAGUUGCCAGGAUCAUCAUUCAUGAAGGAUACACAAAUGGACAAGUCAAUAACGAUAUUGCCCUCCUAGGCCUGGAAACACCCGUGAAUCUCACCGACUAUGUGGUGCCGAUAUGUUUGCCUGAAAAGCAGUUUGCAGUGUAUGAACUGUCCUCCAUCAAGUUCUCCACAGUGAGCGGAUGGGGACGCCUACUAGAUGGAGGUGCCACCUCUUCUAUUCUGAUGAGAGUUGAUUUGCCACGUGUAAAGACACAAGAAUGUGAAAAGGAGACCGAUUUAAAUAUUACAGAGAAUAUGUUCUGUGCAGGAGACGCGACCGGCGUUAAAGACUCCUGCAAGGGAGACAGUGGUGGACCUCAUGCUACAAAGUACAAGAACACUUGGUUUCUGACUGGGAUUGUCAGCUGGGGAAAGGGCUGUGCUGUUAAAGGCAGCUAUGGGGUUUACACAAGGGUAUCCAAAUACAUCGACUGGUUGAAGAAGCACAUGGAUUAA